GGCCCAGGCUGGCGGCUCCAGACCCCGGAAGGUCGCACCCUCGGCGGCGGGGUCUGACGUGGGGAGGCCGCGAGGCCCGGCGGGUAGAAGUUCGGAGUUUGCAGAGCCCCGAGUGGCCCGAGGUAAGAGGGAGCCAUCGAUCCCCACCCCCACCCCGCCCCACGCCUCCCGAGGACCUCAACUUCAACUUCUCCCCAUCUGUCCCGAUUGGGAAAGAGCGCAGGGCGGCCCUAGGUUUGCGCCCCGAAAAGGGCAGAUCCUCCCUCCUCGGGUCCCCACGCUUUCGGAUCGGGUCUGCCCACCUUUCCAAGCGCCUGGCACUGUUGCAUGCGCACCGAAGGUGCUCGACUCGGGCCCAUUCUACAGAUGUGGGCGCCGAGGCCCCGCGAGGCCGAGUGACUGCCCUGGGGCUGCACAGGCGCUGGGCACGCGGGACCCGUGUGUGUGUGUCCACGGUGAGCGGCGCCAAGUGAAGUACCACCGGCCCGCGGCACGGGGAAGGGCCUCGGACUCCACAGGCCCCUAGAGCCACCUGGUCCUGUGAAAGAAAAGGCCAGGGUGAGGGCCAGGGCCCCAGGGCCAAUGGCUGGCAGAUGGCUGGGCCCACUGGUGACCAAGGCAGCAUCUGGGGCAAGGGACCUGUCAACAGGGGUUCACGUCGGUCCCCCGUUUCCAGGCUCAGCUGUGAGCCAGACCCCCCUGGCAGACUGUCGCGCCGUGUGCGGCCUGAAUGCGUCCGAGCGCUGUGGUUUCAUCCGGACCAACCCCGACUGCCGCACAGAGGGCGGCUACCUGGACUACUUGGAAGGCCUCUUCUGCCACUUCCCGCCCAGCCUCCUCCCUCUGGCUGUCACCCUCCAUGUUUUCUGGCUGUUCUACCUGUUCCUCAUCCUGGGAGUGACAGCGGCGAAGUUUUUCUGUCCUAACCUGUCGGCCAUUUCCACCACCCUCAAGCUGUCCCACAACGUGGCAGGUGUCACUUUCCUGGCAUUUGGAAAUGGCGCCCCCGAUAUCUUCAGUGCCAUGGUGGCCUUCUCAGACCCACGUACCGCCAGCCUGGCUAUCGGUGCUCUUUUUGGUGCAGGGGUGCUGGUCACCACUGUGGUGGCGGGGGGCAUCACCAUCCUGCACCCCUUUACGGCCGCCUCCAGGCCAUUCCUCAGGGAUAUCACCUUCUACAUGGUGGCCGUGUUCCUGACCUUCACUGCGCUUUACCACGGCAGGGUCACGCUGCUGUGGGCCCUGGGCUACCUGGGUCUCUACGUGUUCUACGUGCUCACCGUCAUCAUCUGCACCUGGAUUUACCAACGGCAGCAGAGAAGGUCCCUGGUCUACUCUGUGCCCGGGACUCCCGAACUGUCGGAUUCAGAGGAUGAUCGGGUGUCAUCUAACACCAACAGUUACGACUACGGGGAAGAGUACCGGCCACUGUUAGCACACCAGGGUAGCACGGCCCAGAUCCUGGCCAAGGCCCUGAACCCGGUGGACACCAAGAGGUGGAGAAGCCAGUCGGCGUCCUGGAGACUCCUCAAGGUGUUCAAGCUGCCCGUGGAGGUCCUCCUGCUCCUCACCGUGCCUGUUGUGGACCCAGACAGAGAUGACCGGAACUGGAAACGGCCCCUCAACUGUCUGCAGCUGGUCAUCAGCCCCCUGGUCCUGGUCCUGACGCUGCAGUCCGGAGCCUAUGCUGUGUACGAGAUCGGUGGGCUGGUCCCCAUCUGGGCCGUGGUGGUGAUAGUGGGCACAGCCUUGGCCUCAGUGGUCUUCUUUGCCACUUCCAACAGCGAACCCCCCAGGCUGCACUGGCUCUUUGCUUUCCUGGGCUUCCUGACCAGCGCCCUGUGGAUCAACGCGGCGGCCACGGAGGUGGUAAACGUGCUGCGCUCCCUGGGUGUGGUCUUCCGGCUCAGCAACACCGUCCUGGGACUCACGCUGCUGGCCUGGGGGAACAGCAUCGGAGAUGCAUUUUCUGACUUCACGCUGGCCCGUCAGGGCUACCCUCGAAUGGCAUUCUCAGCCUGUUUUGGUGGCAUCAUCUUCAACAUCCUGGUGGGAGUUGGGCUGGGCUGCCUGCUGCAGAUCGUCCGCGGCCACAUGGAGGUGAAGCUGGAGCCAGACGGACUGCUGGUGUGGGUACUAGCUGGGGCCCUGGGGCUCAGCCUCGUCCUCUCCCUGGUCUCUGUCCCUCUGCAAUGCUUCCAGCUCAGCAAGGGCUAUGGCUGCUGCCUGCUCCUCUUCUACAGCAGCUUCCUGGUUGUGGCCCUCCUCACCGAGUUCAGAGUGAUUCACUUGAAGAGUGGAUGACUGACACCACCUGGAGGUGCAGGGGGCACAGCCUCCCUGGGUAACUGGAUGAGGUGACCAUGCACAACCGCUGAGCCCCUGCAGCCAAGGCCUUGGAGGCUGGCUCUGCGGGGCAUGUGGAACGACGCUGGAGCCCUCUGAAAGCUGGGCUGGGGAAGGCACUGGCUGGUAUCAGAGCUGCUGGCAACCCUGCCUGGGCCUCUUACUAGGCCAGGCGCUGAGGGUGAGCUGACAGCUGUGCCAUCUGACAAAACCAGCACUUCAGGUGGAUCUCACUGAGUUUCCCAGUCAUCAUGUUAUGAAACCCAAGAUAGAGGUGAAAUGAAUGGCAACAUCUUAUUGAACCCCGUGUAUUCAAAACACUCCGUGGAGCCCCUGCCUGGUGGAUGGCCACCACCACGGACCAAGGCUCCAGACUAGGCCCUCGGGGCCUUCUUGGGGUGGGGUGACCCUGCCUUGAUUUUUUUUUAUAGCCUUUGUGUUGUU